AAACAAUGUUUUUUCCUUUCAAUCAGUUCUCAUCUGUCUUUUGAGCUGGCUUUAAUUUGCCUAUAUUUAUAUGGCUUUAUCUCCACAUUCAUCCCAUCCCUGCUCGAUUAGUUCCAAAUAUUUUUAAGUCCAACUGCUGCUGCAAAUUAAUUUGAAGGGUUAUUUUCUUUGGCGCGCACAACCUGUUGAGAUGAAUUCUUGGGAUCAAAAAGCUGCUGCGACGCUUCAAAGGCCAACCGUGGGCAGGGAGGAGGAAGAAGCAGACUUGAAUCUAUGGCGCACAGAGAAGCCGACCAUCUUCCGAGUCCCGGAAAUCAUCCGGGAAGCUGACCGCGAGGCCUACGAGCCAAACCUCAUCUCUUUGGGUCCCUACCACCGCGGCGUGCCUCGCCUGCAAACCAUGGAGAAAAUUAAGCCGCAAUACCUUCACAGCUUCCUCCGGCGGACGAACCCCCCGAAAAGCAAGGACGACUGCCGGAAUUACAUCAAGAAGGAAGAACUUCGGGUGCGGAGCGCCUACUCUGAGGUUUUCAAAAUGGACAGCGACAGGUUCGUCGACAUGAUGCUGCACGACGGUUGCUUCGUCGUCGAGUUCCUCCUCAGACUAUAUGACCGAAAGGACGCUCCUACUAAAAGGCCGGGAGUCAUCAUCGACGACGAUGACGAUGUCGACGAUAGCAUAGUUAAUGGGGAGUACGAUCCAAUUCUCGCCUCGUCGUGGACAGAAUACUUUGUGAGGCUUGACAUGCUGCUGCUGGAGAAUCAGCUUCCUCUGUUUCUUAUCAGGGAUUUGCUCAGCUUUGUGGAUCCCGCGAGAGCAGCCAACUCCCUGAAACCGCUCGCUCUCCAAUUUUUCGGCGGCGAUUUCUUGCCGGGAAGAACGAAGAAGUUGCCCGAGAAAUUGGAAGCGCCGGUCCAGAAGUCUUGUCACAUUCUCCAUCUUUUGCAUGCCUGCAUACACCCACCAAAAGAGUCGAAGCCUCCCACAAACUCACAGACUCGCAAGCUCGAUCUCUCCGGAGAAAAGGGCUAUUUUGGAGGAGGCGAGCAAGGAGGCCCUCGCCGUCGAGGCUCAUUUCUGCCAUCAUUCCGCGGAGACUGCGGGAUGAAGCGCAAUUCUUGUUUUGACUGUUGUGGGCAGGACCAAAUUGAGGAGGACGCAAUAUUUACGCCGCUAACGCCGUCUACGAUCCCCUGCGCCCGGGAGCUCAAGGACGCCGGCAUCGAGAUCAAACGUAAGAAGCAGACGGACAGCUUCCUGGACGUGACAUUCCGCGAUGGUCGACUGGAGAUCCCCCGGAUCCGGGCGUACAAUGUGUCCAACGCUAUCCUGCGUAACCUGAUUGCGUUCGAGCAGCUGUACCCGGACCGGGGCACGCACGUCACUGACUUCACCUUCCUCAUCGAUUGCCUGAUCGACACGGCAGCAGACGUCGCGAUACUCCGGGAAGCGGGCAUUUUGGUGAGCACCAUGGGCUGCAACAAGGCCGCGGCUAGGCUCUUCAACCGGAUCUGUAAGAAGGUGGUGGUGGAUCCUAAGAACGGUCAUCUCUGGAGAGUGUUCGAGGAAAUUCCCAAGCACUGCGAGAAGAGAGCAAACAAGUGGCGAGCGUCGUUGAACCACACCUACUUCGGCAACCCUUGGACGGGCAUCUCGGUUGUUGCGGCAAUCUUACUCUUUAUUCUCACGACGGUGCAGACUGUGUUGGCAAUCCUCACUUACGUUAACCCGCCGUAGCAACAACAUCAUAUGCUGCAUUCUCUGCCGCAAAAUUAUUAUGUCUGUACUUCUGUUUUUGUGUGCUUGGUUGUCUGCGUGCAGUGUGUGGCUUUUAGUUGUGUUGGAGUUGUUGAAUCUUUACUUUGCAUCUCGAGCUGGAUGUGCAUGGUGAAAAUUCGAAUGCAUCCAAAACUCCUACCCUAAGUAAUUUUGGAUAGAAUUGUAAAUGAAUCGAAUAUCGUGAACAAAUUUGGUAUUCAAUUGUUGCGGCAAUCUUACUCUUUA